CAACUCUCAACACAGUACCUUGAUCGCCGAUUGAGCACCUACUCUUUUUCCAGGGAGCUCUAAGUGAUGAUUAUGCUCUUCUCACACGUCCACCUCUAGUCAACAUCUUUGUAAUUCCAAAAGAAUCUAAGAGCGCACCUCACUUAGUACCUGCUUACAAAACAUUUACUCACACCUUUCUGAGCAGCUUCAACCUCACCAAAUACUUCGACCCUUAAGCCACUCUAUACAGUAGUAUCGAGUAUCGGGCCCUACGAGUCCAACCAACUCCCAGAAUGAAGCUCGUACUCUCAACUUCCAAUAUAAUGUCCGGAGGUCCCUCCGUAAUCCGACGUCCAACCUUCGAGAAAUCAAACACAGAACUCACAUCCUCCCUGCGCGCAAACUUCACCGCCCACCAAUCCUCCCCGAGCCCUUCCGCUUCUCACUCAAACACUCUCAACGGCGCCCUAACAACUACCGUAACAACUGCAGCAGCAAUAACAACCCCCCUCUCAAAACCCUCCUUCCGAACAUGGACAACACAAGAAAAAGAUACUUUGUACAUACCCUCACAAACACCUAGUCCCUUGACUGAACCCCGAGAAGCCUACGACAUCACAGUGAAACUCUUCUAUCUGCCAAAUAUUCCAGCAAACCGGCGCUGCAUCCAAACCCGCGAAGCCAUAGACAUCGUUCUCCGCGAACUAGGCACCACAUCCAUUGACCUACUCAUUGUGUCCUUCCCGGGAAUCUCCUUCGACGCGGAUGACGAAGACUCGGAUUCCGAGCUCGAAACCCCGCCGUCGCAGCCGCAAUCACAAUCGCCACCGUCCAUCCUGCCUUCCACCUCUACAGAAGACGGAGAAACUGUGCCAGAAGACAUCGACACUAUGAUUACAACGUGGCAGACGCUGGAAACAUUGCAUGAGGACAAGAUCAUCGCAAAAUUAGGCGUAGCGGAAUUCGGGUGUCAGCGGUUAGGCAAGUUCCUCCCUCGGACACGGGUGCGGCCCAGUGUGGAUCAGAUUAAUGUUAGGGACUGUUGCGUAGUGCCUAAGCCGCUGAUAUUGUAUGCGAAGAAAGAGAGCAUUGAACUGUUGACGCAUAAUGAUUGCACUAAUGUGUUACCGCGGGGUACGCUGAGGGAGAUUUUGGGAGCGGGCGAGAAAGGAUUCGGGGUUUUGAGUGGGGGGGGUGAGGGAGAGGGGUUGAGUGGUGAUGUUGAGCCGCAGUGGGUGGUGAAGUAUACCGCUGUGGUUAAGGAUAGGGGGGUUGUGGAAAGUAAGGGUUACUUUGCUAUCAUGCACAUUUUGAACACUCUAGAGCAGCCUGGUUCCAUUACUACCGCAACACUCAAGAGGAGGAAGGAACACCAAGGAAGAUUCAAAUAUGAGACAUGGAACAUAAAAACCGGCAUAUACUGCGACUGUAUCUCACUUCCUCCCUCAAGACUUCCUUUAGGCAUUCCCUGA